AUGUUCUUGGCUACUCGGCACAACUUGUUCCUCUGGACUGGUCUCUUUAUUGCCUUGCCUGGUGUACUUCUAGCACCUACCAAGGGGCCUAAGUGCACCAAACCGGCUAUUCGUCGCGAGUGGAGGACUCUCCCGCCGUCCCAGCAGGACGCCUUCCACAAGGCCGUCAAGUGUCUGCAGACCAAGCCCAGCAGAAUACAGUCUGGAGGAGUGAGCAAGACGCUGUACGACGACUAUACCUACAUUCAUCUCCAGCUAGAACCAUUGAUUCACCAAGUUGCCGCGCUGUAUCCCUGGCACCGUUACUUUAACUCUCUACGUGAAAAGGAUAUGCAGGCGUGUGGAUACACACAGUCGCAUCCUUACUGGGAUUGGACACGCGACGCAGCCAGCGCGUCCGCGUUCAGAAACGCGAGCAUCUUCGAUCCUAUUCAUGGAUUCGGGAGUCAUAGCGCUCCUGAAGGCAACACCACGGUGGUCUGCGUCGACAACGGGCCAUAUGCCGGAUUCCAGUUGAAUGUACCUGAACCGCAUUGCCUGGGACGUGGCUUCACCGUAACUGAUGAAAUGGUCGGUAACUGGACAAGCUCGACGGUGAACCAAAUCUUGGAAUACCCGGACUUUGUGAACUUUUGGAACACCUCGGAGAGGCAACCUCACAACCUUAUCCACUUUGCUAUCGGCGGUGAUGUGUUUGAAAAGUACUCGCCCAACGACCCGAUUUUCUUCCUGCAUCACGCACAGUUUGAUCGUCUGUGGACGCUCUGGCAGGGCAGAAACGCCACUCGGCUGUCGGACUACCAGGGAAAUACGAUCCAGAACACGACUGUCUUCAACGCGACUUUGCAAGAUACGCUGGACUUUAUGGGACUCGGUGACAACCGAUCGGUCGAGAGUGUGAUGGACACCCUGUCGAACGGGCUGUGCUACAAGUACGACGACGACGAGUGA